AUGUCUAUACAAGGUCCUGGAGAAAAGGCCUUGCACGACCAGACGCAGCUAUUACCGAAGAAGGAACUCUUGGUCGUCUUCACUAUCAUCGCGCUAUCCUUAUUCAUCUGCGCAGCGGAGCAGAAUGGAAUAGGAGUUCUCCUGCCAUCCAUCGCUCGAGAUCUGAAUGCACAAGCGAGUAUCACUUGGGCGGGAACCAGUGCUUUGAUAGCUAACACUGUCUUCCAAGUCUUAUACGGUCGAUUGAGUGACCUCUUUGGUCGCAAGAAGAUUAUGCUCUCUGCUCUCGUAUUACUAGCGCUUUGCGAUCUUGCCUGUGGCCUGAGCGUCAAUUCGACCAUGCUGUAUAUCUUCCGUGGUCUUGCUGGUGUCGCAAAUGGUGGCAUCACGAGUCUGUCAAUGAUGAUUGUGAGCGACAUCGUCACGCUCCAAGAACGGGGUAAAUACCAGGGUAUUCUUGGUGUCAUGGUAGGGAUGGGUAAUGCGUUUGGCCCUCUCAUUGCAUCAGCUUUUGCCAUCAAUUUGACAUGGAGAGGAUUGUUCUAUCUUCUGUCACCUUUCACAGUGGUUGUCACGUUGGCUAGUUAUGUCUAUCUUCCGUCCAACAUGCCAAAGGUCAAUCUGUGGGAAACUGUCCGGAGGAUCGACUUUUUAGGUCUCUUCAGUGGAACAGUCUUCAUCAUUCUGGUCCUCGUCGCCAUCUCGCAAGGUGGACAUCCUGGAACAUCCUGGGACUCUCCACUUGUCAUCGCCAUGCUGACCGUUGGUGGAGUCUUUGGCAUACUCUUCCUAUUUGUGGAAUGGAGGGCCACGUUACCAAUGAUGCCAUUGGAUAUGUUCCGAUGUCCUUCUGUCGCGGCCAUGCUCGCUCAGAGUUUCUUGUUCGGUGGCUCCUAUUUUGCCUACCUCUACUACCUUCCGCUCUACUUCCAGAACGUCAAGGGUCUGUCACCGCUAAUGUCGGCUGUCUUGUUCUUGUCUCUCGUCAUACCUCAGUCUGCUGCUUCUGUCGUGGCUGGUCUUUACAUGAGCAAAUUCAAUCGCUACAUCGAGGUUGUCUGGUGGGGUUUUGGCAUAUGGUCACUGGGGUCUGGUCUCAUGAUAAUGUGCGAUAAGAAUACCCACCUCGGCCUGGUGGCAUUUUUCUUGAUCCUGACUGGAUGUGGCACAGGCAGCAUCUUCCAGCCGACUCUUGUUGCACUACAGGCCCAUUGUCCAAAGGAGCAACGGGCGGUUAUCACGUCUAGUCGCAAUACUCUAAGAAGUCUAGGCGCCGCCGUCUCGUUAUCCGUAUCUGGUGCUUUACUUACCAACACACUCCGACGCUCAUUACCGGAGGAGUUACAUUACAUCGCAGCCCAUAGUUUCGCAGCUCCAGAUCUCGGUUCAUUCAUUCCUCAGCAGCGUCAACAAAUCUCCCAAGCAUAUGCCUCUGCGAGUAGAGCAGUAUUUGUAUGGAGCUUCGCAUUAAUAGCCACUAGCUUGGCACUCACGAUGAUCGUUAGGGACUCUGGGUUGUCUAGAAAGACAGAAGAGGUUAUUCAGCAACAGGAGUGUGCUACUGAUGGGGUGCAGCUAGAAGUGAGUAGCGAGCGCCCUAGAAAACAACCGCAGUACUAG